UUUUUUCUUCUUUUUUUCUUUACUAUGUCUAAAAGAACAGGUUCAAGAAUACCUUCCGCUGCCUCUCAUCGAGGUGAUAAUAUGUCUACUUUGACUCCUUCAGAGUCUACAACAGGUAGUAGACAACGUCAAUCGAAAAGAGAUGAGGCUAUUAGAAAGAAGCUUGAAUCCGAGCUCUCAAAAAAGAAGUCUGGUUCAAAAAGAGUACGCCAGACCCGUAAAAUAGCUGGUACCGUCUCUGCUCUUCGUCCUGCUCAAGCACUGACGGUGAAAGAGAACAUGUUGGUCAUUGAAGCUUCACAAUUAAUGGCAGCCAAGAGAAGUGAUUGUGUUCUUGUUGUAGACGAGGAAGAUCAUCUCAGUGGUAUUUUCACUGCCAAAGAUCUUGCUUAUCGAGUUGUUGCUGAUUCAUUGGAUGCAAGAGAUACAACUGUUGCCAAAAUCAUGACAAAGGGACCUAUGUGUGUUACUUCUGAUACUUCAGCUACAGAUGCACUUAACCUGAUGGUUUCCCGUGGUUUCCGUCACUUGCCUGUUUGUAAUGAAGAAGGCGAUAUCUUUGGUUUAUUAGAUAUUACAAAAUGUUUGUAUGAAGCUCUUGAUAAAAUGGAAAGAGCCUUUGGCUCAUCGCGCAAGCUAUAUGAUGCUUUAGAAGGUGUAGAAAAAGAAUGGAGCCAUAGUCCUAUACAACUUGUUCAGUACAUGGAAGCAUUGCGUGACAAGAUGGAAUGUCCUGACUUGAGUUCAGUCUUGGAUGGAUUGGCUCCUGCUGAAGUAAGUGUAAAGACCAAUGUACGUGAUGUUGCUCGCCUGAUGAAAGAAUAUCACACCACAGCUGUCUUGGUGACAGACCGUGAAGGAUUGGCUGGUAUUUUCACCACCAAGGAUGUCGUGUUGCGUGUCAUUGCUGCUGGAUUGAACCCUGAAAACUGUUCUGUUGUGCGUGUCAUGACACCUCAUCCUGAUACAGCUCCUCCUCAAAUGUCUAUCAUGGACGCACUUAGAAAAAUGCAUGAUGGUCAUUACCUUAAUCUUCCUGUUGUUGAAAGUGGUGAUGUCAUUGGUAUUGUUGAUGUAUUGAAAUUAACUUAUGCUACUAUGGAGCAAAUCAACAGUAUUCAAGGCAAUGAUGGUGAAGGACCUAUGUGGGGUAGAUUUUGGGAUAGUUUUGGCGCUACUGAUCAACACGAUACAGAAUCUCAAAUAUCAGACCCCAUGUCUUCUCAACUCCUUUCAGCUCACUCACAGCACAGUAGUAACAACCACAGCAGCAGUCUUAACCGUGCUAUUUCACCUGAACCUUCGGCUUCCUUUUCUCAACUCCAAGGGUUUCCUGAAAUUACACCUAAUGAAUCUGCUAGCAUGGUUGCCAACAAUGACGAUGGUCGUUCGAUGAUGUCCGAAGAUAUUCGUGCCAUUUCAAGAGGAGAAGACGUCUUCUCGUUUAAAUUCACUACGUCUGGAGGUAAAACACAUCGUGUUGCUUCUUCAAGCAACAGUUAUGCUGCCCUUUUAGAAUCUGUUCGCCAAAAAGUGAUUGGGGAACACUUGGCCCAUACCAGCAUGGAAGAUUCAGAUGUGCCUGUUGAGUCUUGGCUGAGUAUUUCUUACUUGGAUGAUGAAGAUGAUCAAGUCUUGAUCACUUCUGAUGCUGAUGUGAUUGAUGCUGUUAAAUUAGCUCGUAAAAUGGGUCAAAACCGUGUUAAGUUGUUUGUGUUGGAUGCUACUGAAAAGGAAGAGACCAAUGUUACUGUGAUUGAAGAGAAAACGACAGUGAUAGAAGACAAACCAGCUUCUGUUGUCCCUUCUCCCCCUUCUCCAGCUCCUAUGACACCUACGAUUGAAGUACAAGAACCACAAUCACCAAAGAAGACCAAGAGACGCAGUAAGAAAGAAGUCAGUUCUGACUCUGACUCUGAAGAACAAGAAAGAAAGAGUAAGCAUGAUGGUGUUACUGUUGCUGGUAUUCCUCAAGAAUUAGUGUUGCCUGCUGCUAUUGCUUUCUUGGGUGUGGUUAUUGUUGGUGUGUUUGCUCUCUCUCGCGUGGGUUCAAAUAAACGUUAGAUAUAUAUCUCAGAAAAAAAAAUCCUAUUUCUAUGUGUAUUUUAUGAUCACCCUUUUAUAUAAAGAUAGUUUAUUUCUUU